CAGCAAAGCAAGAUUUUUGAAAUGAAAUCUAGGCAAAGGAAAAAAAUUCCAAAUUUCCAGCAUUAAGAGCCGGUCCAGGAGAGGAAGGGAGAGCGGAGCGAGGAGGUGGGCGACAAAAGAGGAGGAAAAGAUUUUAUAAAGUGCUUGGAUUUGCGUGGUUUGAAGGGGCAAUUUUUCGGGCUGAUUUCUCUCUCAGACAAGCAAAUCAGGAGAUUAAGAUCCGGAGCUCUCCAUACUCUCUCUCUCUUUCUCUCUGAAACUUCUUGGAUGGGUUUCUUUCCUAAAACUAGCCGAUUUUGACUCCAGAAGCUGCAGGAUUUUCGGUCUCAAGAUGGGUUUUUCUGUUUGUCGAUAUCUCUGUUUUCACAUUUGGGUUCUCUUCCGCCUUCCUUGCUGAAAGUUUUUUUGCUUCUCAAAUUUACGUCUUCAAAUUAGAAUUUUGGGUUCCGUCUGAAUUUUCAUUUGAUGGAAGGUAACAAGAAUGGUACAGGAGGAGCAGUUUCAGAGCAAUAGCAACAGUGGUCCUGCUGGAAGUCGAUCUUCAAAGAAGCUGAAACAGAAAAAGAUCCCACAGAGGGGGCUUGGUGUUGCCCAGCUGGAGAAGAUCCGAUUGGAAGAGCAGCAGAAGAAGGACGCCGCAGCAGUGGCAGUCGUGCCAUCCUCGCCGUGCAUCGUCGUCCCUCUCCCUCCAGGCCCUCCCCUCAAUCCCUAUCAGUCACAAUCCUCCAUUCCCUUCCAGUCAUCUCCAGCCGAUCUCUCUUCAUCCAGUUCUCUGUUUAGGCAAACUCCUCCAAUUCCAAUCUCGUCCCUCGAUCUCUUUGUUCCACCUCCACCCCUUCCAACGACGACACCACUUUAUGGUCUCCCCGGUAACCAUCCAGGCGGUGCUGGCCGGGGAGUUGCCGCUACAAUGGAUGACUCGGCCGCCACGGUCGCAGAUGGUUAUUUUCCGACGAUGUGGAAUUCCCAUGAAUUCACUGAAGGUUCCAAAUUGGACCCGGGUUUCACAUUUCGCAGCCAUUUACAGAACGAAACUAAUAACAUUUGGCCUCGCCCGAUUAUCAUGCAGAGGAAACAACCACAACAACAGCAUUCUUCGUCAAUGGUGAAUGUCGCCUCGGUGACUUCAUCAUCCUCUGAACUAAAUCUUCAGAUGGAGCCCCCUUCAAACCAAAGCUAUUAUAACAACUAUACACUACCUCUUCUGCCCGAGGAAGAGAAGAUGGUUGGCAUGAAGCGGUCAUGGCCAUUCUCUCUCGACAACCCACCUGUUCCUGCGUUCCAGUGCAAAUAUCCUCCGAUCAACCUUCCCAUUUGCAGGCCAGAUGAUUCUUCUUCAUGUCGGAAUGGUGGCAUGUUCAACUAUGAACCUGGAAGUGCAAUAAUCAGAGAGGGUCCUUCAGGCUCGAUGGCACCUCAUCUUGACUGGAGGAGAGGCCUAUCGGAGCUGAAUCAGAAGAAGGGUGUUAAGGAGAAUGGUGCUCUUGAUGGUGAUUUUCUCACCUUGGGCCCUCCUGCAACUGGUUCAUCAUCUAAAUCCAAGCAGCCAUUGGCGUUUCCUGUCUCCCAACAGUUCCCUGAAUUCGAUUUUCCCCCAAUUCAAGGAAGCAUAGACCACCAGCCAUUCUACAGCUUCUUGCCUCCAAAGGGGCAGAUUGGCCAAGGGGCGGCCAUCACAAACGACCGGAGAGGCGAAGCAGGGGAAGCUGUUGAUCUCAACCUAAAGCUCUAAGUAGGGAGGUGGCUAUGGAUGAGAAACUGUAUUCUCUCUUUCUGCUGCUUGGCUCUGCAGAUAGCAAUUUUGAAACACAGACCAUGGAGGAGGAUCCUUUGGCCAAUCCGGUGAAACACAAUAGAGGGUUGCUUGUUCUAUAGGUUUUUCCAUACAACCUAUGUCAGCAUGAUGAGAGAAAUAUACACAGUAAGAGAGAAAGAGAGAGAGAGAUGUUGGUUGUGUGUUUGUGGGAGAAAGAGACGUGGAUCUGUUUGUUGAAUUGAAUUUUGUUUGUUGUGCAAUUUCUUUAGUGGUUUGUUUGAUCUA